AUGCCGUGCCGCGACCCCAGCCCCGCUCUACAACACCCAAGCAUCGCAGGCUCUUCCGCCGCUAGCCCGCAUGCUACUCUUACCGAAGGCUACGAAACGGCGUCCACGGGAUUGGCUAGCGUGACUUCGUCUGUUUACGCCCACGCGUAUGAGAAUGGCCGCCGAUACCAACACUUCAAGAAUGGCCGCUAUCCGAUCCCCAACGACGAUGAGGAGCUCGCGCGCGAGGACUUGAAGCAUGCGAUGCUGAUGGAACUAUGUGACAGCCGGCUGUUCUAUGCGCCCAUCAAGAACCCACACAAUAUUCUCGACAUUGGCACCGGCAGCGGUAUCUGGGCGAUCGACAUCGGCGAUGAGUUCCCCAACGCACAUGUCCGUGGCAUCGACCUAUCCCCUUAUAUGCCCGUAUGGGCGCCGCCGAACGUCGAGUUCCUUAUAGACGACUGCGAACAGGGCGAGUGGGUGGACCAGGAUACCGACUUUGUCCACUUUAGGUUCAUGACCAUUGUACUUAAGGACGUCCCAGGAGUCUUGUCUUACCGCGCCUUUCUCAAGUUCGAUAUAGACGUGACGCUGCCUAAGCGCCUUAAGCCUAUGCUGUAUCACGCCGGGUUUGAGAACAUACAAUGUGUCGUCAAGAAGGUGCCUAUCGGCCCCUGGGCCCGCGACAAGACCCUUUGCAAUAUCGGUAUCCAGGUGAUUCUGGCACACGCCAGGCGGGGAUUGCAAAAUACCGGCGUCCACCGGUACUUCUAUUACUACUUCUGGUAUACGCAAAAACCGUCGAAGUUGGGGGUCGUCAGGAGGGGGAUCUAG